ACGAGGGGACUGGGAGAGACUCUGGGCGGGGGAAGGCGGGACUUGUGGGCUUAGGGCGCGAGCGAUUGAAAGACAGUUGGUGUCGUUAGGUGGCUGCAGGUCACUCAGUCCCCAGUUCUUCUCCAUGGCUGCCCCCGAGAAGCUGCGGGUUUCUCCGUUGCCGCCACCGCCGUCUUCUCCUUCUGCCUCAGACGACUCUUCAGCAUCUUCUCCCGGCGUCCCGGUGCGUUUGGACUGGCCGGUUCCUAGCAGGAGCAGCGGCCGCCCGGUGGACCCGCUGGAGGAGGUGGAGCUGCAGAUCGGAGAUGCAGCAUUUUCAUUAACCAAACUUCUUGAAGCCACAUCAGCAAUAUCAGCUCAAGUGGAAGAACUUACCUUAAAAUGUACAGAAAAUGCACGCUUCCUUAAAACGUGGCGGGACCUCUUGAAAGAAGGCUAUGACUCUUUGAAACCAGACAACUGAUUUGACUGUGUAAUAAAUCACACUUUGUCAUUUAAGAUAUUUGCACAUGUACCAUAUCUAUAGGAUAUUCUCUCUCUAGCUGUUCUGUAUACGCACAGUGAAAUUUUUCUUGCUUUUGUGAAAGCCAAAUACUGAUGUUUUUUGCUGCUGGUUAACUUUUGUUUAUUCUUAAUGCUUUUUGCGAAACUUUGUGAAAGUUAUUUUAAACUUUGUGAAAGUUACUUUAUGAGUAGAUAGUCUUAAUAAUGCUACAGUAUUACCAGUAGCAAAUGAGAUAAACGAUUGCUCAUUUUGCAAGAUGUCUAGAAUGGCAGAAUUUGAAGUUGAGCUUCAAUGUCGCAGCAUGGGAGGUAACAGUAAGGUUACCAGUGUUAGCUCCAUUAGGUCCAGCUCUCUAGGACCAGGUUGUCUCUUACUUCUGCGUUACCAAUACUUAGAGAACUUGUCACACAACCCUUAUUAAAUGUUUGUUAGAGUAAGAGUUGACAACAUAGUUUUUUUCCUUCCUAUUUUUAACAGGCAUGUUGUAAUUGUUUCUCAAAAAACAAAUCUGAAUCAGGAUAUCAGUGACUUGAAGGGAAAUGGUUCCCUUAACUGAUGACAGCUUUUAAAAACAUGUAAGAUGUUUUUUGCCCUUCUGUGAUGCUUUUUUAAAAAAGCCUUUCAGAACAUGAAAGCCUGUUUCACCCUAUUUAUUUCUAAGGUUAACUGCUUUUACAGAUGAUAUUUCUUAUAUCUGAUACUCUUUUAUGCUCUCUUAAAGUGCCUUAUUAAAAUUAUGGUUCUGUAUGAAUACGAGCUUUGCAAGUUGUCUGUAAUUUUAGAGAUGUUACUUUUUUUUUGUUUUGAAUGCAUCAAAUUUGAAAGAUGCAAUUGUUUUCUGUUUUAUUUGUCCUGAAUCUUUUG